AGAGCGUUCCGCCUCGUGCAAACUAUGAUUUUUGCCAUCGAAGAAAUAAAUAAGAAUCCUGCCCUGCUUCCCAGUGUUUCGCUAGGCUACAGAAUUUACGAUGACUGUUCCUCACCAACCAUUGCAACGAAAGCAGCCUUGGCCCUUAUCAAUGGGAAGGGCCAAUUUAUGGACGAAGAAUGCAAACAACAGCCGCUGGUUUCAGCUCUAAUUGGAGGUGGCUCAUCUUCAGAGUCGAUUGCAGUAACAAGAUUGACUGGUCCUUUCAGAAUCCCAUUGGUUAGCUACUUUUCUACGUGCGCAUGCCUUAGCAACAAAGACAACUUCCCAACGUUUUAUAGAACGAUACCAAGUGACUAUCACCAGUCCAAAUUUUUAGCUCACAUUGUCAAGAAGUUUGGAUGGACUUGGAUUGGAACAGUUAGAGUCAACAACGACUACGGAAAUUUUGGAACGCAAGCGUUCGUAGAAACAGUCGAGAAGUUGGGAGUCUGCAUUGCCUUCUCCGAAUCUUUUUACAGGACUGAUCCCAGGGACAAAGUGAUGGAAAUAGUAGAGGUCAUUAAGAAAUCCAGCACGAAAGUUGUAGUUGCAUUUUCUUCCACUCGAGAAAUGCGUAUUUUGUUUAAAGAGCUUUUGCAUCAGAAUGUCACUGAUAUUCAGUGGAUAGGAAGCGAAGCCUGGGUUACUGCUGACCUCCUUACUCAGGAAGAGAAUGCUAAAAUCCUCACUGGAACGAUAGGGUCGGCAAUCCGUCGCUCUGAAAUCCCGGGACUGCGCGAUUUUCUACUUCAAGUGAAGCCCUUUUUGGUUCCCGGGGACGUUUUGGUGAAAGAGUUCUGGGAAACGGCGUUCCAAUGCAGCUUGAUUUCAGAGGACGCUGGCAAUCGAGUGAACGAUUCGACGGAAAUGCGGCGAUGUACAGGGAAUGAACGUUUAGAAGAGCUACAAAACGCCUAUUCUGACGUUGAUAUAGACGGUUCAACCUACAACGUGUAUAAAGCAGUGUAUGCGUUAGCUCACGCUUUUCACAAUAUGUUUGCUUGCAAAAACGGUAAAGGACCAUUUGUAAAUAACACCUGUGUGAACAUUUCUAGUUUCGAACCGUGGCAGGUACUACGUUACAUGCAAACAGUAAACUUCAGAACAAAGAACGGUGACAACGUUUAUUUUGAUGAAAAAGGAGACCCUGUCGCUGCGUACGAUUUAGUCAAUUGGCAAAUUAAUUCCAAAGGGGUUGCGCAAAUUCAGACCAUUGGCUAUUACGACGGAUCCGCUCCUCCCGGACGGGAAGUUGUGUUAAAUGGAAGAUCCAUCACAUGGCGCGGAGGCCAAAGUGAGGUUCCUGUUGCAGUUUGUGCUGAAAGUUGUCCAUUUGGUACAAGAAAGCUUAUUAGGAAAGGACAACCUAUUUGUUGCUUUGAUUGUACACCAUGUUCGGAAGGGGAAGUUAGUAACACCACAGAUUCGACUGACUGUGUCAAGUGCCCAGCAGAAUACUGGCCCAAUGUAUCGAGAGAUAAAUGUGUACCAAAAGAAAUUGAGUUUCUGUCUUAUACAGAAAUCUUGGGCAUUGUAUUAGCAACACUUGCAUUGUUUGGAGUCUGCAUGGCUGUAGCAACAUUAAUAGUUUUCAUAAGAUAUAAAGACACUCCUAUUGUCAAAGCAAACAACUCUGAGUUAAGCUUCCUUCUGCUUUUUGCAAUAGUUCUUUGCUUUUUGUGUUCUCUUACAUUUAUUGGGCAACCUUCACUGUGGUCAUGUAUUUUAGGCCGCAUUGCAUUUGGAAUCACCUUUGUUCUAUCCAUCUCUUGUAUUUUGGUUAAAACAAUGAUUGUACUGUUCGUGUUUAAGGCAAAAGUUCCAAAUAAUAGCAUGUUAAAAUAUUUUGGUGCUACACAGCAACGUUUAAGCAUUUUUGUUCUCACAUUCGUUCAAGGUAUAAUAAGUGUAUUGUGGUUAGUUAUUGCACCCCCAUUUCCCAUGAAAAACACCAGAUAUUACAAAGACAUUAUCAUUUUAGAAUGCAAUGUGGGCUCUAUAACUGCCUUUUAUUUAGUUUCAGCUUACAUUGGCACUCUUUCUUGCAUCUGCUUUAUCCUUGCAUUUUUAGCAAGAAAACUGCCUGAUAACUUCAAUGAAGCUAAAUUUAUAACAUUUAGCAUGCUUACAUUUUGUGCAGUUUGGAUAGCUUUCAUCCCAGCUUAUGUAAGCUCUCCUGGAAAAUAUACCACAGCUUCAGAGGUGUUCGCUAUUUUGACUUCUAACUUUGGACUUUUGCUUUGUAUCUUUGUUCCAAAAUGUUAUAUUGUAUUGCUGAAACCAGAAAAUAACACCAAGAAGUUUUUGAUGGGAAAAGAACCUUCAAAGAGAGUGUAG